CUCUCCGGCCACGUAGGAAGGAAGAUAUGUUCUCCCGCGUUAUCUCGUCUGUUACAAAAUCUAUAUCGGGUCAGCCCAUUAGAGGCCCAUUAUUUAAUAUCAGGUCCAAGCCUGCGUAACAACAUCUUCUAACCAACACAAAGUGAUGAGUGAUGACGUUGUUUGGGUCAACUGCUCUCUCUCUCUCUCUCGGCGCUGAACAACUGAAACUUCGAGCUUCCUCCGCCAGUACUUGGGAAAAUGGAAACGUCGCCGCAGUUCAGGCUUAUCCUCGCCGUAAUUCUUUCAUCACUCAUCGCUUUCCGUUCGUACAAGCGGAGGUCACUUGAUCUCUCCGGUGGAAUUGCUGGAUUCCUCGUUAUGACCAUCCAUUUCACCGCCGGUUUCAGGUACGGAGCUCUGCUGCUUGUGUUCUUUCUUACUUCCUCGAAGCUUACUAAAGUUGGCGAAGAUAAAAAACGACGCGUUGAUGCUGAGUUCAAGGAAGGUGGGCAAAGGAACUGGGUACAAGUGUUAUGCAAUAGUGGAAUUGCAUCAGUUCUAGUUGUAAUUGCAUGUACUUUAACGGGUUGGCAGGACAAAUGUUUGGACUCAAAGCAGUCAGAAACUGUAACUGCUCUUAUUGGUGGGAUCAUCGGUCAUUAUGCAUGCUGUAAUGGAGACACUUGGUCCUCGGAGCUUGGGGUUCUAAGUGAUGCCCAGCCUCGACUAGUCACAACGCUAAAGCCGGUGAAAAAGGGCACAAAUGGUGGAGUUACAAAAGCAGGACUCUUAGCUGCCUUGGCAGCCGGCACCACUGUUGGAUUAACGUUCAUUAUCUUCGGACUCUUUACCGCAAGUUGUGCAAGCAAUGUGGUUCUGAAGCAACUCUUAGUCGUUCCACUCUCUGCAUUAGCUGGAUUAUGUGGGAGUCUUAUUGAUUCUGUACUAGGAGCAACCAUCCAAUUCAGUGGCUUCUGCUCUGUCCGGAACAAGAUUGUAGGGAAACCAGGGCCGACAGUAAAGAAGAUAUCAGGUCUGGACAUCCUUGACAACAAUGGUGUGAACUUUGUCUCCAUACUCUUGACAUCCUUUCUGACUUCCAUUGCGUUUAUGUACAUUUUCUGAAUGCUGAAGCGAGAGUGUUUUUACUUUUCAUCCUUUGGAAUCCAAAAAUUGGUAUACACUUUUGAUAUUAUUUCUGAAAUGUUAAUUUUGUUGUAUGCUGAGUCGAGUUGUUUUAGCUUCUUAGAACAGUCUACUUUUGUGUUCAGUAUGUAUGGAAUAAACGCAGCUACAAGUGUAAUUGAACUUAAUUUAAUUUCUUAGAACAGAGUCUCCUUAAUCAAAAUUAAUAUUUUUUCGUCU